CUCAUUAUUAGUACAAACAGCUUCAUCAAUUAUUUCUUAGAAUGUAUCGUCUCAACUUUGCGUCUACUGGAGAAAUUAAUUUUUCAUCUUUACAGUUUUGUGGUUUAGCCGAAACGGCGAUAUAUAAUUAUCAUAGGCAUAAGUAUUUUUUCAUACUAGCACAUCCAAUAUCAAAGUUGACAAGAUCGUGAUUCAUAUCCUUUAAAAACGAUCUUGCUUGGCUAUGUUCCAUUUCAAAAAAUGGAUUUGCCCUUUCACGCGGCGAUUCUGUCCUGGAACUUAUUAUUGGCGAAUGCCAAUAGCACAAUUUCGUCAGAUUAGAUUUAAUUCAACAUUUCAUUUACGGCCCUACCAAGAGGAAUGCAUACAGAGCGUGUUACAGUCAUUUGCACAAGGUACACGAAGAGUCGCCAUUUCGUUAGCGACUGGAUCUGGCAAAACGGUAGUUUUCUCUCAUUUAAUUGAUCGAGUCCAACCAAUUCGACCUAAUGCGAAUCAAUGCCUAAUUUUGUUACAUCGAAAAGAGCUUGCCCAACAGGCUUUUCGACAUUGCAGAGCACUUUAUCCAGAGAAGACAAUUGAAAUUGAAAUGGGCGAUAAGCAUGCAAGCGGAAUGGCAGAUAUUACUAUUGCAUCUGUCCUGUCUUUGAAAAACGAGCGGCUUCAGAAGUUCGAUCCAGAUAAGUUCAAGCUUAUUUUAAUAGAUGAAGCGCAUCAUUCUGCUUCAAUGUCUUACACGCGGGUACUCAAUCACUUUCAAGCGAUCUCUUCAGCUUCUCCAGUUUACGUUGUCGGCGUAACUGCCACCUUAUUUCGUGCAGAUGGAAAGGGUUUAUUUGUUGGCUUUGAUGACAUUGUGUAUCAUAGACAUUUUAUUGAUAUGAUUAAAGAAAACUGGCUUGUGGACACAAAAGUUAUAAGAGUAUCAUGGAGCGUUGAUCACAAAUUAGCAGCCAGUCAUAAUCAUGAAGACGAAAAACUGUUUGCUUUGCAAGCUACGAAUCAAGUUGCCAUAAAUGAAAUUCCAAGAGCCUGGAUGGAACACGCUCAAGGGACACGUUCAUCAACGCUCGUCUUCUGUGUCAAUAUUGAACACGCCUACAAAGUGUCAAAUGCCUUUCGGAAUUUUGGAAUCGAUGCCAGAAUGGUGUCUGGAAGGACACCUGCCGAGCUUCGGCAUACGACAAUUCAAGACUUUCGUGACAAAAGAUUCCCCGUAUUAGUCAAUUGCUCUAUACUGAAUGAGGGAACUGAUAUUCCAAACAUAGACUGCAUCAUCAUUGCCCGCCCGGUUAGGUCCACUGCUUUGCUUGUUCAAAUGAUAGGGAGAGGCUUACGAUUAAGCGAAGGAAAAGAGGACUGUCUCAUUUUAGAUAUGUGCAAUGCAUUUGGCCAUACUAGACUGGAUACAGCACCGACAUUAACGGGAUUAGGACCUCCACUUUCUGAAGAUGAGAUGCAGAAAUAUGGAACCGCCCUGGCUGAAACACUCAAUAUGCCGCCCGGUGAACAAGGAAUGUUUUCCCGUCUGCGCUUUUCACAGAUGCGAGCGCUUUUAGAAAUUAUAGGUGAUAUGAAAAAGAACGAUGAUGAUAUCUACAGAAUAUCCCGUCUGGCAUGGGUGGCCGUUGGAAUGCAACGAUACGUAUUGCAGACAUUGAAAGGUGCUAUUGUUAUUGAUAAAGAUAUGAAAAAUGAGACCUUUAAUGGAUCAUUCCGUGUUCUAAAACAGUUUAAGAAUGCAUUCGUCACAAAAAAGAGCGCACUAUUCACAGAUAUUCCAACACUAGAGGCUGCUGUUCGAGCCUCUGAGACUUAUUUAAAAUCACAAAAAUCACCCCUUCAAUUUUGUAUGCGCCAUGCAACUUGGCGACAGAAGCCGGCCUCCAAUUCUCAGCUGAAUUUCUUAAAAAAGUUAAAGCUCUGGGAUGGAAAGAAACCUCUAACGGCAGGCGCCGCGGCAAAUCACAUUACCGCAACAAUCUACGGGAAAAAAGCCCGAAGUGCGAGACAGCAAAAGCUUUUAGACUAUACGUGUCCGACGAAAACAAAUGGCCGAAUUGCCCAGUUAAAGGAAAUCAAAAAUUUAGAUGCCCGCCAGUAAAAUCCGACUCACAUAUGUUUAUUCGUGCUCAGUUUUGCUUCGUUUCGUGUCUUCUUGAACGGGGGCUUCAUCAGGAGCGGUUUCUGCAGUCUCAGAAACCUUACUAUCGAUAGAAGCAUUUUCUUUAGACGCGUCCUUUUCCUUUUGGUCUUCAUCAUCAAGAGAAAGUUUAAAGUAAUCUGCCAAUUUUUUCAACCACUCGCCGCUAUGAAAUUCCUCCAUGGAAAAACAGCCGGGUUUAUUGAGCUCAAAGUCGCCUUGCUGCAAGCGAACAAGCUCGACCAUAUGUGAUUUACUGUUCACCUUCUCACCUAAAUCAUUCACGAACGAUCUUACAUAGAAUCCAGAAGAAACAGUUAAGCGAAAGGAAGCUGCAGGACCGAUGGGCUCACGCGUACCACGAGUCAAGUCAACCUCGUUAAAUUUGCGCUUCUUUCCCUGUUUGUUUUUUUUCUCCGAGUCCUUAUUUUCCUCGGCACCCUCCUCAGCUGCUUCGAGUUCGAAGAAGUUGUCCGGAUCACAGUACGUGUGUUCGCCCUUAGACAUAAACUUUGUCAUCUCAACAUCGAAACAGUGCAUAGGGCGUGCCUUUACUGAAUCUGGAAGCGGGAGACCUUCACGAGCGUACUCGUACAAACGUUUACCAUUAACGUGGAGGGCCGAAUAAAUGGGAGGCAUCUGCAUAAUGUCACCCUUAAAGGAGGGUAAAGCAGUUUCAAUUUCCUCUUUAGUAGGAACAUGCUCGGCAGAUUCCACAAUUUUACCGGAAGAGUCGUAUGUGUCUGUAGAUCUACCAAAUAGAGCCACCGUUUCAUAGACCUUUUUGCAGGAUAACAGUUUAGACAAUUGCUUCGUGCCGGAACCGAGACCAACGACGAGAACACCCGAGGCAAGCGGGUCUAAGGUGCCUCCAUGACCAAUUUUGAUAUCAAGACUAUGUUUUUUUCUGCGUCUACGAUUCCGAUCGUUAGGAUGAGGUGCAGGAGAUCGAAAGUAUUUUGCAAGUGGACUGUCACUAAUAAUUGCCUUUAAUUCUAGUAUCCGAUUGUUAGAAACAUGUAAGUAGACGAGUUCAUACGGUUAAGACAUUGUGCCGAAGUAACACCUUGCGGCUUAUUCACAGC